UGCUACAGGAACGGAGGCAGCUUGCUAGAGUAGCACCACCUGUGCGCAUGACACCAAGUACCACUGCCACCUGGCGGUUUAGUUUCCCCAAUCACCAGACGCUAGCGCCUCUGGCGGUCGGUGGGUGACACUGCAGGGGGUCGGGCGCUGCAUCCCAGUUCACCGCGGUCGGUCGGCUGGUGAGGGUGGUCCCAGCGCGCGCGGAAUAAAGUGAGACGUCCAUCGUCCGUGUGUUGAUCGUGAGCGGGGUGGUGUCUGCGCCCUGAGCUGCUCGUCGCGCGGAGCCACGCGGGUCUCACCAAGUCCCGAGGUGCCGCCGGGCCGAUCUUGGCGGCACCGCGCGAACACCACGGCCGCCCCGUCGCCGUGCGUGUGCUGUGGGGCCGGCGGCCCGGCCGGCCCCGGCGGCGGCCGCAGCAGCCAGCCGGACGUGCACCUAUCCGUGCAGCACGUCUCCGAUCUCAUCUACCCCAACCAGGACCCGCCGUGUCACUUUUGUGACGUGAACCGCUCGGAGCCGAUCCAUGGCGAGAACCGACUGCGGAUCGUCUCUGGAGGUCUGGUGUCGGGCAGAGAUGGACGAUGUGGCCACGCCUACAUGAACCUGCCCUCGCCCAAUGUCCAGAGUGAGGAUGGCUCGGACGUGUUUCCGGCAGAGAGCCGGUGCCUGGGUAUCACUGAGGAAGAGCCGGGACCCCAAGAGGCGCCGCCCGCCUCCGCCAUGGGGCGGCGCAGCGCGCUCGUGCCGCCAAAACUGAUCCCCACCGACGCAGAGAACGACGACGACAAAAAUCGCAAACUCUCCGAAGGGUCGUCGGAGAACGGUACUGCGAGGAACCGUCGCAGCUCGAUGGUGGUGAUCCCGCCCAUGCAGAUCUGCCCCGGUGACCUCCUCGUCUACAGCAAGGUCCUCACGCAGCGCAGCAAUCUCAUAGAGAGUCACCUGUAUGGAUCGGCACAAAGUUUGGCCGCGCCCGACACCGACUCCAACUGCUCAAGGAAAGGUCGGACGACGUGGUCCAUCCUCAAACUGUUUGACCGGUCAGGUCGGUCUCUCAAGUCGGAGUCGCUGUCGGGCAUCGAGCAGGUGCUGAUGGAGAUCCGGCCGUCGGAGUUCCGGGACGAGCAGCUGCACCGCUACAAGGGCCUGCCGUGGGCCGACUUUGUCUACCACGUGGAGGCGGGCACGGUGCCCCCGGUGGUACCCACGCCGACGUCCUCCUCAGGCGCGGCGCCAGCCGCCGCCGACAGCCUCUCCCGCCUGGAGAGGAGCGAGUCGGCAGAGAGUCCCUGCGAGCUCCCGGCCCGGGUCCGCCGGCCGCGACCACCCAGCACACUGACCCGCACCCUCAGCGAGCGCAGUCUGACCGAGCGACGCGGUCUGUUUCGCCGGAGGCUGGUGUGGACCAGCUUCGACCGGUCGCCGACGGCCACACCGCCCGUCUCGGCCGUGGCUAGUCCCGAGAGCCCGGCGCGGCGCGCAGCCACGGCCGGAGACAGUCCACCCACCGAGAGACGCUGCCACGAGGCCGUCUGGGACCUGUUCCAGUCCGAGUAUGCAUUCCUCUAUGAUCAUCUGAUGGUGCUGAAAAACGUUUACAUGGAGCCGCUGAAGCAGGUGCAAGUCGAGGGGUACCUGAUGGUGGCAGAGCCAGAGCUGCUCUUCGGAAACCUCGACGAGCUGUGCUGUGUUACUUAUGCGUUUUGCAAGGAUUUCAUCAAAACCCUCUUGAGCUUGUGUAAGGGAGAAGAAUCCGUAUCGCUGACAGGCAUUCUGUCAAAGCUGUUUUUAAAAAAUAAUAAAUCAUCUUGUUUGAGUCAGUCAUAUCAUCGUUACGCCCUGAACUACAUCAAUGCACUCAACUACUUGGAAACUCUGAGACGCCACAACGACUUCUGUGAAUUCGAAAAGUGGUGUAACCGCGACCCGCGCUGCAAGAAGCUGCAGCUGACGGACCUGCUGGUGGCGCCGGUGCAGCACAGUAUGAAGGUGCCGCUGAUGCUGCGUGACAUCCAGAACAAGACCGAGAGCCAGGAGGAGCGGCAGCUCAUCAGCACCAUCAUCGAGAACGAGGAGGCCUCGCUGCGCGAGCUGGACGACAAGAUGAAGUGGUUGAAGAACUUCGAGCGCCUGCUGGAGAUCCAGCGGAACCUGGUGUGGCCGUCGGUGAUGGAGAUGGACCCCAAGGCCUACAUCCCCGAGUUCCUGCGCCCAGCGCUGGCCAGACAGCCCUGUGAACGUCUGAUCGUCAGUCCGCGCAGACAGAUCAUCAUGGAGGGGCCGCUGCAGCUGGCAGACGCCGGCAAACCCAUCGAUAUGCACGUCAUCCUGUUUGACGACAUGCUGCUCAUCACGCGCAGGAAGAAAGGCCUCAGUAAAAAGAAGUCGUCCAUCACCGAGGGGUGGAGCAGCCACCACUCCCGAGGACUGCUGCAUCACGAGGCAGCCGUCCGGUACGUGGUCCACAAGCAGCCGCUGUCGCUGGACAGGUUCUUCCUGCACAACAUCGGCGGCCAGGAUGCGGUUGCCAGUCGCCUGGAGGGAGCCUUUGUCGUGGUACACCUCAACAGGUUUCAGCAGAUUGCGGCCGUCUACACGCUUCUCGCGCAGUCAGAACAGGUCAAGACGAUGUGGAUCACCAAGCUGCGUGAGGCCCAGGACAAGUGGAAGCGGACGCUGCAGAACACUGUGUUCCGUGCCACCACGCCCGAGCCGCGGCUGCGGGCUCCGUCAGGAGCCAGUCCCCAGGCGCACCACCACCACUGACCCCGGCCACACACCAGCGACCGCGCGGAGACCUUCUCCCUUCACCGCGCGGAGACCUCCCUUCACCGCGCGGAGACCGACUCCCUUCACCGCGCGGAGCCCUCCUUACUUCAGCACCGGUAACUCCACCAUCUUCUGACAGAAACUCGGCAGCUGUAUUUUAAGCACAAAUAGGAACUAUCUUCCACAUCCUUCACUCACUGGAAAGUGUGCAAUUAGUUACCCGAACGAGCUGACAUGACGGUAUCGUCGCAUUUUCUUGAUCUCUUGUAAAGCUGAAACAACUGCGUCGUUUCCUCUUUAGUGUGGAGCUCGCUGCUCGCCAUUGACACUCAGCGCGCACAUAUUAGUUGCCUCAAUACUGAUGUUCUCAAUCGCUGUCUCGGAGGCGGGAGAGAUGUUAUGAGCACACCCUUUUGGGCCGAGAAACGGGCGACAGAGGCGGGUGGUCGUCAGAACCAGAUUUGCUGAGUGAGGCGCGCUCUCGUGUACCUAGUCAUUGUGUGGGCGGCUCCAGACCUCGCGGUCAUCUGCUUGAGCUGUCCGCGAGUCUGUGCGCGUCCUGUGUCGCGAGGAGCGUGGUGGGAGUCUGCUUCACGCCGUGAUUGUUGGAUGAAACUGUCGCUCGCUGUUGCUGCCAGGAUGUGCGCCGCGUCGUGUGGCUGCUGUGUGCAGUGUCGUCUGCUUCAUCGGAGAACGGGCAACUCUGUAUUUUUCCAGUAUGAAUGUGCGGAGGUGUGGAAAGAAUGUGGGGACCUAAACGGGCGUAUUAGUGGAAAUCCAUGCUAGUCAAAUGGGUCAUGGGAAGACGUGGGGUUUAAGCUGUCGCAUAAUCUCUUCCAAUUCCAAUGCAUCUAGUUUGAUUUAGAAAUGUAACUUAAAAAGCGUUCUGACUUCUGACUAAGCUUGUUUGGAUCUGCGAGACGAACCAAAAAGGCAUUGGAUUGCUCAUCAAAAAUGUUCAAAAUUAGCGCAGCAUAGUUGCAUUUUAAGCCUGUGAUACUCUAAUCACUAUACAUGUGACGCGAUUGAACGGUCGAAAGACGAUUAAUUUUAUCGCAUGACUGGGGAUAAAUGUCGCCUACCUACCCUAUCUACCGUGUCAUCACUCAUGUCUGACACUGGCAGUGUGCCAAUAUUGAGUGACACUGGGCGAUGUUGACCUUGACCUGAGGUCACGGUCGACCUGCUCUCAGGAGCGGAUUGAGCUAGUCAGUCACAUGGUGCAGGGUGCCAGGUUGAUGGCCGGUGGAGGGCGCCAUGUUGAUAUUUUCCGGGGGUUAGAGGCGGGGCUAGGGGACGGGCGGCGGGAAGGGGUGGGAAGGGCGAGGCCGCCGGCCGGACCGAUAAUUCUCAUUGUGAAACGAUGGCCGGCGUUCGCCGUCGUCGGACAGCAAUGCUGAGGGGAGAUGAGACGCUUUCGGAUGACUUGUUGACGCACUGAUGAAUGUCUGAGAUUUUUAUAUGUCCGUCGCAACUAUAUCGCUGGUCAAUAAAUGUUUAUAUCAUGUUGGUA